AUGUUCAGAUCGCUCAGUAGCAAGAACUCGACGUCCUCGUCCAAACGCAAGAAGGCAGAUCAAUCGAGUCGCCGAUCCGAAUCUGUAAUGUCCUCGUCGACACAUCGCAAACACUCUCGUAAUGACGAACGCUCUUCCAAGAGUGAACAUAGAAAAUCGACCUCGACCCAGCCUCCCGUGGAUGGUUCCUCCGGCCCAUCAUCCUAUUACACCACUGCUGAUCGACUUAGUCAACUCGAGCCUCGAUUUUUGACAGAGGAAGCUAUUAGAAGCCUCGGUAUGCAAGACGAAGGAUGGGGAGAUACAACCUCGCAUGCAGAAGACUUGCCUUCGGGAGGAGCUUAUGCAGACAACAAAGGUCGCUCCAAGAGUUCUUACAAGGAUGAUCCUGGCCGGAGAUACAACGAAGGCCUGGUAUACCGCUCUCCAGUCGAGGAAAUAUCGCCGAAUGACCGCUCGCUGUCUCACGGAGACUAUCCUCAAAACUCGUUUGGUACAUCUUCUCAUGUGCAAGACCAAUUCCCAGGUCAAGACCCUUUGACGUAUGCGCGUUCCGCAUUCAAUCCAGUUGCGGCCCAAAGUGCUGCUGCCGCGUAUCAUGCUGGUGGCCAGACUCGAUCUCAUGACGCUUUUGCUUCUGUACCAUCCAAUCAGUUCCCUCAAUCAGGUGCGGGAGAAGCUGCCGAAUACUACUCACAAGCUCCAAUGCAGCCUUUAAACGCUGGAAGCCAACAUGUACCCUCUCAAGCCUACAAUGCCUCUCAAAACACAUCAAGUCACCCCACAGCACAGACUGAUUCUCUAAUGUCUAACACUUCUGCCUAUCCUGCUAAUUCUUACACCACCGCUCCGACUAACGGGCCCUCUAAUGAUGGUCAAAAUUACACAUAUCAGCAACAACAUCGUCCUACGGAAGCUUUCGUACAGGGCCAAUCUGCACCGCACGAAACCUACCAUCAGCACUCUCACUCCGUACCUUCCGCAAACACCUACACUGACCAAGCCUACGACACGUCUUUGCCCAGCCAAAUUUCAGGACCCGGUAAGCAAGUUUCGACGAACCAGAAUCUGGCAUAUGUUACCGCCGCAGGAGCUGCAGUGGCAGGUGCUCAUAGCUAUCAUCAUCACAAACAGCAUCAACACAACUACUCUGCUCCGAUCAAUGGUGGUAAUAUGUACGGANCAACCCCUCCAAGGCCGUACACCUCCGGAAAUAUGGCGAUGCGGCACAAGCACAAAGGCGCCAUUAGCAAAUUCGUGGAUUGGUGGAAAGACUACGAAGAUGUGCGCAAGAUGGAAGAGUACACCGAGUACAUUGGUGUAUGCAAGUAUUGCUUCGAUCCUCGUUCUAUUGCCACAGAUGCUCCCAGAAAGCACCAUCGCGGAAGUAGACGGUCGUCUGAUUCAUUGCGAAGACGCUCCAGUGAUUCACUUCGACGUUCCUACACCAAUGGGUCGAAGUAUGGCAGAGUCGACAAGGAUUCGAGGUACCAUUCGUCAUCAGACAGUGAGCGCCGUAGUAAGAAAACUAGCUGGCUAGGUGCUGGUAUUGCUGCGUACGGCAUGUCAAAAGUCGGAAAGUCUUUGUGGCAAAACUCUCGUGACUUCGACGACACAUACAGUGUCAAGUCUGGAAGGAAAAGCGAUGUCUCUAGGAACGGUUUUUACAGAGAGGCGAGGCAGAACUACUCCUCGAAUCAAGAGAGUAAACCAGAGCACAACAACGACCGCAAAGUUGUACACAACAGCUCAAGCGACCGCUCUGGAAUUGGUACCCAGAGCUCAGCCAGACGGCCAGGACACACCGGCUCAGAGUCGAGACGCAGUCAAGAUGAUCGUUACAGUACUGUCAGGCCAAACUUUGUGACUGCUGGAGGCUCGCGACACAGUGAGGAACAGAUUCAUGUUCGUCAUCCUAGUCCUGGAGCCGGCUCUAUGUCACCACGUACGGCAUCCCGUCGAGGAUACAAAACCCGUUCAAGGAGCCAGAGUCCAUCCUUGGUCCAGAUUCUGGGACUGACUAGUUCACAAAAGCGCACGUCAGCAACAGCUUCACGCUCAUCCUCACCACAUCAGGAAGGCAUGUUCACUGGCUUCUUCUCCAGACCAUCCGGAAGGAAUAGGGCCAAGCAGAGCAAGAAAAAGGGAUUUUUCAAUUUUGCCAACUCAUCCUCAUCAUCUGCCAAUUCUGACCUGGCUUUUGGUACUCGUCCUAAGAACGGCAAGCUACCCAAAAGAGCCACGAGAAAGAGCUCAGAUGAGCACCUCAAGGCCACUUUGCUGGGUAUUGGUGCCACUGCCGCUGCUCUUGGCGUGGUGCAGCGAAGUAGGUCAGGCAGCAAAAAGUCAGAACCAAUAAGACUACGCAACAAAGACCCCACUUAUGCCACACAGCGAAGCAAGCGAAACACCAGUGAGGAAGAAGAGGGCUGGGAGUCAGCAACCGAUGAUGAUAGUGUUUCAUCCGGCCUUGCAUUUGGCGACUUCGAUGGAAGGGGUCCUAGACGACAACGCAGCUCUGAAUCCAUUACUUCUCAGAGUUCUGGUACUGACAAAUGGAGCUGGCGCUGGCGUCGAGAGUCGGACAAGAAGGGUAAUGCUGACAACCUGCCACGAACCUAUCACAAUGACAGUCAUCUCGGGGACGACCAUAAUGUCGUCACGUUGCAGCCACUGCAGUACAUGCACCCAGCACCGAUCUCUAGCCCAAUGCACUUCGAAGCACGAGGCCAAUCAUCGAUGCCUGGUGCAUUUCCAGAGCAGCAAUAUGCAAGCGAAGGUGCGCAGAUACAACAGCCACAACCGAUCACGCCUCUACAAUCUAGCAUCUUCGGCAAUCAGACUCCGCCUCGUACCUCCCAUAUUGAUCAGCCUAGUCCUCAGCUAUUCACACGCCCUAUCAUACCAACAGAGCUGAGGCGCACGCAAUCAAGUCCUGUAUCGAGCCACACUAUGCGCAAUGCAGCGAUAGCUGGUAUAGCAGGCGCGGCUGCAGCUGGAAUUCUUUCCAAUGGCAAAAGCAGAGCUAGAGAUGACAGCCCUAGCAAUGUCCGCUUCGACCUUACUGAAAAACAAGCCAAGAAAGAAGAGCGUCAACAACGCAAAGACGACGCUAAAGAGAGUAAGGAGCGUACCAAGGAAGAGGCUAGAGACAAGAAAGAGCGUGCUCGUCUUGAUCGCGAGAGAGCUUUGCAAGAGGCGUCCAACCGAAAAGCUCUUGAAGACGCAAGACGCUAUGCCGAAGAAGCGGAACGCCAGAAAGCUCUUGCCGAACAUGCCGAAAACUAUCAAGCUCAGUUGCGAGAAGCAGCGGCUGCUGAAUUUAGGGAGCGGGAGGCAGAUCGCGAACGAGAAGAGGAAAUCAAAGAGUUCAUGAAGAAUGCACUUGCCCAACAAGCUCAGGAGGCUGAGUUGAAGAAGCAGCGUGGAACUUGGCAAGCUCAGCUGACAGCAGCUGCGAGACAAGACUUGCCUCCAAGUUCAGAAGCUGGACCUUCCACGGCUUCUCAACCAGCUCUCGACAGAGCACAUGACUAUCACAACGAUCAUCCCCAACAUGACAGAAAUGAUUCCACAAAUAUGCCCUAUGCUACUCGCUCGUAUGAGCCAUCGAACGAACACAGUGGUCAGCCUCUUAUGGACGACGACCUCAUCGAUCCCGAUUUCUUCACUCGCAGACGUAGUCACAGUGACCUAGCUCGGCAUGAAGAACUCGCCGGACAGGCAGCUGCCAAGAUUGUUGCUGAUCUCGAAGAUAAGUACAGAGAUCCUGCACCGUCUCAGGCCGAGUUCUUCGCACCAAAGGAACUUUUCGAACCAUCGAAGGGCAAGACAAAAGUCCACGGACCCAUCGAUGACACCAGUUAUCAAGUCUAUCACAUGUCAGAGGACCAGCUUGCAUCAAUGCCCAACGAGCCACCGCCCCCGUACCAGCCAUCUUAUCAAUUCGCUGACUUGCGAGACAUGAAGGGUACCGCGCCUUGGGAUAUCCCAAAGCUCAACGUCAUUGCUCCUACACCGCCUGCAAGCUACGCAGGAUCAGCCAGGGGUGACAAAUCGCCAAUCAUUGCUCCGGCAAGAGCUGUUCAGGGAACUAGCCAGGAGUCUGAAGCUGACAUUGAACCCCAAAAGUCGAGCAAAGUCAGCUGGGGUGAAGACCAGACUCGUUUCUACCAGAUUACGACCCCGGACUCAUCCCAGGAGCAUGUCGUUCUCCCUGACGAGCCGCCACACGGAGUAUCAGGCUUGCGUGACGAAUACGUACCUGCUGAACCAUCUCAAGCAGAGUCCGACAACAGCAGACAUAUGACCAGUGAAUCAAACGGCAACAAGGAUCAGCCAGAUGUGUUUGUUGAGGAGAUUAUGAGAGAAGCACCAUCUAGAAUCUCGGAACGCUUCUACCGACAGCCUUUUGUUGAAAGCGUUGAUGACGUUGCUUUUACGCUGGAUUCUCCAGGGACUGAAGGUGCACCACCAGUACGAGGGUUUGUCGAAGGUGAGGUUGAUAAUGCGAAUGAGCUCGAUGACCGUAUGCCUCACAUCCCUGGUGGCUUCGAUGAUAUAAGCUCAGAGAUUCGACCUGAAGACACUUUCAACAACGAAAUUCAAAACCUCAGUCGUGAGGUUAUGCAAGAUCAACAAGCUCCCCACGAACACAUUCAAAGGUAUGAGCAAUCAGGGCCCGCUGAGCAAGACCAGGACGACUAUUUCACGACCGAGACGUCGAGAAGAAAGCGAGACAAGGAGGCAAGAAGGACAUCAAUAGAGCGAGACUAUCAAUCACCAGGCGAUGAUCAUAGAUCCGAGCUUCUACAUGAUCAAAACGACACCGAGCAGUAUACAGACUACGCUAAGGUUGGAGCAGUGAUCGGUGCUGCAACUGCGGUUGGCGCUCUCAUGCACAAUGCCAGAUCUCGAUCUCCCAGUAGGAGAAAGAGCGAGCCAGAAGAUUUUGAUCAUCAACGUCCGUCAUUCUCACACUUAGAACCUCGGGAUACCGUUUCACAAUCUACACCUACAUCGCCUGUGUACGAGCGUCGACCAUCACUUCCCAGCCACGCCUUUGACGAUCUUGACAUGCUGCCAGGCAGCAAGAGACCGAAAAAGUCGAAGAGAAACAGCUUACUCAACUAUCCUGCUAUCGGAUCUCCUCUUCGAUCAGCCAUGACCUGGGACGAGUACAUUGAACCUAUGGACGUCACGCAUCAUGAUCAACCUACCCAGUCGCAAUCGUAUGAGACUUUCGACGAUGCUGAACACUCUCCUGAGGACUCGAAAACAGAGACAAGGAGAAAUCUUCCCUCGCCUGAGUCCGAACGCGGCGCUGCAUCUAUCGUCUCUGCUCCUGCUGGUGAUGAAGAAAGCGGUCGAAGACGCCAGAGUAGGAAGUCGCAGCGGGAACAUGAGAAGUCAACGUCCNCUCGCAGAAGCGCAUCAGUUGCGAUGUCUGAACCUUAUGAGGCCUCUCGUAAGCAUAAGCGGCGAUCACAUCGUGACGACAUUGAAAUCGAUGAUGCAUCGUCAACUCGCUCUCGAAGUUCCCACAGCUCCAAGAAGGACGAUGAAGAAAGCAGAAGCAAGAAGAAGGGCGGUAUAUUGAGCCUCUUCCGUCGCAAGACGUCUGAUGAUGUCGCUAGCAAUGAGCAGAAACGUACCAAUGAUGAUGACGAACGGUCCAAACAUCAUCAUCGCCGUCACAGCUCUGAGCAUGUGGUUGACGAUUUUAAUGAGCGCCGAAGCUCAACCUCAAGGUCUCGUUCUCACACUGAAAAAGAUGACCCUUCUUCGAGACAUUCAAGCAGUUCUAGACACCGACGAAGACAUGAUCGUGAUGGUAGCGUAGAUGAAACCGAGACUGGUUCUCAAACAUCAGAGUCCAGGCGCCGUCACAAGCAUCGUAGUAGAGACCACAGCCGAUCUCCAGAGAAAGAGUUCGAUGAUACUCAAUCCCUGGCUUCCGAGUCGAGGCGCAAACACAGACAUCGAGAUCGGGAUCUCAACUUGGACGAUAGAAGGUCGCGCUCGCGAGACAGCAAGUACGUCAACGACGAAGACGAGUCUUUUUUAGGCGAACGGGUAGAGGAUGAGGAGUCCGUACCUCUACCCGAGGAUGAUACUGUAUCAUCAUCCCAGGCUCCAGAGUCAGUUGAACAUCCGCAGGAAUCCACUUCGCCGUCAGAGCAUGACAAGAUGGUAACGAUGGAGCAAUCGGCCGACUCGACAACAUCGCCAAUAGUCCUCAACGAGCCGAAGAACUUGCCAGAUGUCGCAAUACAGGGGAGUACGGAUGACUCAACGCAACAGAUUGUUGAAGCUCUAUCCAGUCCACCACCGUCAGAAGGACUGUCACCUCCUAUCGAGCAUAUGACUCCAGCAAGGCCAAUCGUUCCUCUACGUAUCGGCUCCUCCACAGCUGUUCCGUUGAGGUUCCGCCGUCCGCCCAUCUCUCCUAGUCACCCACGGGAACGCUCAGCCAGCUUCAGCUCUCCCAUUACGCAGUCACCGUCGUCACCAAUAACGCCGAAGGCCAAGAGACCAUUGUCCACAGAGUUCAUGCAUUCGACCGAGUUCAGACCGCUGUACCUGCUUGAACGCACACGCAAGCCCCAAGAACAGGAAGCCGAACAAGACUUGCCAAGUCUGCCUCCGAGUCGUAGCACAAGCUCGUCGAGCUUGCAGAGUAGUGAGGACUGGCAGUCUGCAGCCGAAGAUUUUGACCCAAGCGAACACGAUAACUUAAGUCCACCCACGUUUGAUCAGUUCCAGACCGACGAGCCUGAAGAUGUUUUAGGCUCCGCCCAGACUACACCUAAAGCGACCGAGUUUCCCAAGAACAUUUUACAGUCUCGUCCUCAUUUGGAGCCAGAGUACUACUCUUGGAGCGACAUGGAGCGUGAGGAACACCUUCGCGAGGAAGCGGAGAGGGACCACCACGAUGACUUAGUCAAGGAGCCAGCAGCCGCAGGCAAUGACCAGAGUGGACCAAUGUUUAUCAGCAACACUACCUCGCCGGAUGAGAAUACCGAAGUUGCUGUCAAUCAAGAUCCCAUGGCAACAGAUGUGUGGGGUGAGAUGAGCGACGAAGAGCUCCACACUACCGCGGCGCCCAGUCAUGAUGACUCUGCAGAGCCGAGCAUGCAAUCACAAGAACCGGACGCUGGUUCAAGCCUUACAGUUCCAGCCAAGAAGCGCAAGAAUAAGAAAGCUGCCAAACUGGGAACAUCUUCCAACUCUGAGAUGACUAGCCCUGUUCGCGAAUCUCCAGCAGAACUUGCAAGAAGGCGAGAAAAAGAUGCACAAGAUGCUGUUGAUACUUGGUUCAAGCCAACUGCGGAGCCGAGAGAAGAACCCCUUUCCGGAACUAGUCAGGUACCACUGCCGGAGACGACAACGCCUCUCGAGCCAGAGGUCAAAGAGAGUGAACUCUCGCCUGCUCCGGUCCAAAGAGACGAACUUCCGACGCAAGAAGUUGAGCCCAGUUCUCCAUUGCUGUCACGCAAGAAGUCAAAGAAAGGCAAGAAGAAGCAGAGAUCUGUAGUCUUGGAUGCACCAGUUUCUGAGUCUGAGCCAAUUGAAGAAUUUCCAGAGUCACAGGUAGUCGCUGAAGCAAUGCCCCAACACGAGUCACCUAAAGGUACUCUACCCAGGAAUGAAAUUCAAGAAGUCCAGACUACGACAGCUCCAGAAGAGACAAUCCAAGAACAGAAGUCUGAUCUCGAAGCUUCGGAGACGUUCACUCCAAUUGAUGCUACCGUUGCAGCUACUACGCCUGAGAGUCUGGAGCAGCCUGAUGACGGUAUACAUAUCGAAGAGCCAAGUUAUACCAUGUCCAAGGCAGAGCGCNAAAAGAAGAACAAGAAGGCAAAGAAGGUUACACUCUCGAUUGCAGUUCCUGCAGUUGCUGCAGCCGCAUUAGUUGCUUCAGAUCUAGAAGUCGCGGAGCAGAAUGAUGAGGGUGUAACUUCAAAAUCUGAGCCCGUGCUUGCUGAGGACNGAGAAACCUACGGAUGA